AUUGGAAUCACCUGUUCUGUCCGGCCGCCAGUCUUGAGCCCGCACUCGGCAAGCAAACAUCGCGUCAAAGUGAGCCGCAAGAAGCCCCACGACAGUUUAAAACGUUUUAUUACCUCUCAUCAAACGGAAUUCACACCAGUGAACAUGGUCCUUCACGACAAGAUGAGCAGCGAAAGUGGCGAGAUGAGGGAAAGGGCGUUCCGUCUCUGCCGAGACUACCUGCACGGCGCCUGGAAGGUCGUCGCACCCCACGAAAUUGUCCUCAAGAGAAUCAGUGGAGGCUUGAGCAACUGGUUGUAUCUGUGCAAACUUCCGAGCAACCGUCCGGCGAGAAACGGCGAGCCGUCGCAGGUGCUGCUGCGCUUCUACGGGCAAAUCCACGGCGAAAAGGCCCUCGAAGGCCUCAUCACCGAGUCUGUAAUUUUCACUCUGCUCUCUGAGCGGCGGCUCGGCCCCAAACUGCACGGCGUCUUCCCCGGAGGCAGACUAGAGGAGUUUAUUCCCGCCCGUCCACUGCACACGGAGGAACUCAAGGACCCUAAAAUUAGCGUGAUUGUUGCUGAGAAAAUGGCGCAAAUUCAUUCCAUGAACGUGCCCGUCAGCAAGGAGCCCAGGUGGCUCUGGGACACCAUGAACAGAUGGAUGCAGAGCAUCCAGGACGAGAUCAAGGACGAGCAGAACACCGACCCGCACUCGUCGCAGUUGCUGCGCAACAUUUUAGCCCAUAACUUGGUCGCUGAACUCAAGUGGCUGAGGAAGUUCCUGUUGAAAGUCGGGUCUCCAGUAGUUUUCUGCCACAACGACCUGCAGGAAGGCAACAUUCUGCUGCGCGACGACGCGUCCAGCCCGUCGGACAGCCUGGUGCCGAUCGACUUCGAGUACUGCGCCUACAACUACCGCGCCUUCGACCUGGCCAACCAUUUCUGCGAGUGGGUCUACGACUACAGCAACAAGCAGUCGCCAAACUUCUUCGAAACGCGGACAAACUACCCAAGUACAGAGCAGCAACUCAACUUCGUCCGGGCCUACCUGGCGACCCUGCACGCGGAAAGCUCGACGUGCCGGACCGCCCCCUCCGACCUGAGCGUCAGGGCAAACGAGGAACAAGCUGUCCUGAAGGAGGUGCACGCCUUCACCCUCGCCUCACACUUUUUCUGGGGCCUCUGGAGCCUGGUCAACUCGAAGGUUUCCCAGAUUCCGUUUGGAUACUUGGAGUACAGCAACGCCAGGUUCGACGCGUACUUCCUGCACAAGAGCAAGCUGCUGCCCGACGCGAAAGGGUGCCAUCAGGCGGUGGACGUGCCCGGGACGCACCUGGGCAAGAGGAAGGCCGAGGAGAUGGCCGACUGAGUGCCAGUCCUAAAAAUAAUCUAUAAUUCUAUUUAUGAAAAAAGCCACGCUGAGAUUAAGGAAAGCACAAUAUGCACAGAUCGCGGAGAAGCACUUUUUAUAAAUUCAAGUGCCAAUUUGACCGCCAGUCUCUCUUGUCCAUUGUCCAGCACCUCUCACUCAAUUUACGAUAAAGGCACAAAAUCUGUCAUGCAUUUCCCUCUGAUUGAGCUUACACACACACGCGGACCUGCAGGUCGGAUUGAACGGAUUUUACAUUAUUGUCAUUAUCACUGGCUGAUGUGAUAUCUCUACUGAAUCUACUCUCGCAGUCUACUGCGCACUGUAUAACUGUUAUAUAUCAAAUCUGUUGUCUACAACUCAAAUUAUUAAAGGACACGUUCAUGUUGGAAAUUUUAUUUUUUAAAUGGAGCUGAAAAUUAUGGAAUUGAUUGGAAUUUCAGAUUAAAAGAGAUAUUUCCGCCAUUUUGGAUUUAAGGGUCCUUUAAAGUCGCCAUUUUGAAAUUAUUUUUUUGCUUCGUUACUGUUUGAAACACAAUAUGAAGUGUUUAGAAUAAAAUUACAGCCCAGAAAAUCGAUCGACCCUGAAAAAAAUGGCGUCUGAACAUCAAGAAAUUUUCAUCCGAUUGAAAAAAUUCCAACGCGAUUCUGAUUUUCCGAUUGUUAUGCUUCAAAAAUUUAAUUAAAAAAGUUUUUGAUUGACAUGUCCUUUAAACUAUAGAGAAGGGCGUGCCCUGGGAUUAUUUAUAUUUGGUUCGGACCAAAAUUGUCGAAACAGAGUUUAUGACGGGUUUGUUGGUGUAAGAUAUGUACGAAAUUCUGGUAGUGCAACUUUUAGUUUAAAAAAAUCGGUUUUUUAAUCUUUUAAGAGCGUAGAUGUGGAUUUCUGCCUUAGCCCUUUUAACGCAAUGAUAAGAAAAUCUCUGAUCCAAAGGAGACUGAUUGUAUUAUUAUGUAAUCUUUUUAUAUAAUUCUAGCAAUAAAUAAAAAGGCCAGAAAUUAAAUUA